GCCGCCCCUUUGUUUGCGGCGCGGCGGCCGCGGUUAUAUUUAGGCGGCAGGUGUGGGCGCCACAACAGGCCGGGUCGCCAGCCGGUCACCGGCCUCCCGCCCACGUGAUGCCCGGGCGCCAUAAAUAGCCGGGCGCGCGGGCCGGCGGAGUCUCCGGGGAGCCAGCGCCCUGCCUUCCCGGUCUCCGCGCCCCGUCCGGCCCCCCGGCCCCGGUCCGGCCCGGCCCGUGCGGAUGGAGGCGGCGGCGGCGGGACGCCUGCGCGCUCGGACGUCGCCUGCUGACCAGCCUGGGAUCCAUGGAGAGGACCGGGAGGGGCAGCUCUGAGCACUGCCGUGCCCAGCAUUGCGGCGCCCGCUGCUGAGGGGCCCCGCGCCUCUGGCCCCCACCAUUGCCCUCGCCCGCCGAUGGCCUCCGCCCGGCCCAGGGCCACCUGAGCCGCCCGCGCCCUGCCAGGACUCGCCGUGCCCCCAUGGGGUAACGUGACAGGACUGAGCACCACGCCGCCGCCCGCCUGCCCGCCGCUGCCUGCGACCCCACCCCAAGCAGCCCUUUCGGUUCAGUUCCAGUUUGGCUUCCUCUGGUCCUCGGGGCUUGGGGCCGGCCUUUGAGAGAAGGGGACUGGCCACCCGUCCACCGAUGCCGGGACCUCGUCCCCUGCCACAGGCACCGCGCUGGACACGGACAGCACAGCCGGACGCACGCGGGGCUUUUUGACGUUUUCUUUGCCGAGUUUCCGUGGUGAUUUCUCUCUCGGCUCUUUUGUAAUUCUCCGUCUCUCAGGGGCAGGAGCCUGACGGCCGCUUCCCUUCCGGGGGGGGCUGCGUCUUCUUUUCUUUUUUUAAAGAGUUGAGUUUUGUAUUCUAAGUAUCCACGCACCGGGCAGCGUCCUGCCCCCUCCCAAGUAUUUGCACAAUAUUUGUGCGGGGUGGGGGGGGCAGGUUUUUAAAGCAAUUCCUCUCUCUUGGACAAGCACAGGGAUCCGUUCUCGGGUGUGGGGGGCUGGGGGCUCCUCCGUCCGUGUCCCACACCGUCAUGGCCCGCAUGAACCGGCCGGCCCCCGUGGAGGUGAGCUACAAGAACAUGCGGUUCCUCAUCACGCACAACCCCACCAACGCCACCCUCAGCACCUUCAUCGAGGACCUGAAGAAGUACGGGGCCACCACCGUGGUGCGCGUGUGCGAGGUGACGUACGACAAGGCCCUGCUGGAGAAGGACGGCAUCACCGUGGUGGUGAGGCUCGCGGGGUGCUGCUGCCCCGGGGGGGCCUCCCUGUCGGGGGACUGGCCCUUUGACGAUGGGGCCCCCCCGCCCGGCAAGGUGGUGGAGGACUGGCUGAGCCUGCUGAAGGCCAAGUUCUGCGACGACCCUGGCAGCUGCGUGGCCGUGCAUUGCGUGGCCGGCCUGGGACGGGCCCCGGUCCUCGUGGCACUGGCGCUCAUCGAGAGCGGGAUGAAGUAUGAAGAUGCCAUCCAGUUCAUCCGACAGAAGCGGCGCGGAGCCAUCAACAGCAAGCAGCUCACCUACCUGGAGAAGUACCGGCCCAAGCAGAGGCUGCGGUUCAAAGAGCCGCACGCGCACAGGACCAAAUGCUGCGUCAUGUAGCUCCGCCUCGGGCCCGGCCCGGGCCGCCCGCCCUGCCCCUCUCUUUCUGGGCCUCAGUGUCUACACCCCCGUGAGGGGCCAGCCUGGUCCAGGGACCCCACGUGGUGACCUGUCCCCCUCCCCCCAGGGCAUCGCCCUCAUGGUGGGGCUGACGGCGGUCCGCCACCUGGACCACGUGUGGGCCGCGCCCGAGGGCCCCCACACCUCCAUCUGGCCUUCCCCCCUCCCCCCUCCCCCCUCUACCCCCCACCCACCCACCAGCCCUGGCACCUGGGCGCGCCUGCCUCCCGGGCCCAGCCCCGCCCGAGCAGGCCUGCUGUCUGUCUGUCUCCCUGUGUCCACCCGGCUGUCUGCCACUUUCCGGAUCCAUCCUCCCUUUGUCCCGUCUCCAUGCUCUGUGUCCCUCUGUCUCCGUGUCCUGUGUCUGUCUCUGAGGCUUGGUCCAGGGCCAUGUUCCUGGCCUUCCUGCCAUCACCUUCCCGGCUCCCCUCCCGCCUCCCCCUUCUGUGGGGGCAGGUGUACUUUUAAACCACUGGGCUGACCCCUCCUCCGCAGCCCUUGUCCUGAGCUGUUCUCAGCCCCUUGGAUUCGUGGGUCUGAGGGUGGUCAGCUGUUCUGGACACUUGAAGGCAAUAAAACAGGACCCUGUGCUGUG